AUGAGUGAUUCACACAUAAAAUUAAGUAGCACAUACAUGGUAAAAAUGACUCAUCACAUGGUCAUAAAAAUGAGGCUAGACUCACCGUGCGACCGCCUCCAACUCUCUAUCAUGCUGUCCAGGCACCCACCAUUCUGGGAGAUCAGAAGAUCUUUGACACAACACCAACCUCUCCUCCAGAUGUUCAUGCGUGAGAAUGACAUUCCUAAUGCGGUUGAGGAGUUUAAUCCUCGACAGCGUCCGUGUGGCCCGCUCCUCGGAGAUAGGAGCCACAGGGAUCACCUCAUUUACCGCACAGGAUCCGAACGUCGUGGUGGUGGGUUGAGAAGCCACUGGCAAUGGAGUACCUGCAAGUCAGAGACAGAGAAUUUUGUAAGCAGUUUUUCGCCUCCCAUUAAAACACCCUAA